CAUCUGCGGACCGGGGACCUGUAUGUGUGUGCGCGCGAAGGAGCGGAAGAAUGGCAGUGCUCAAACUCACCGACCAGCCACCACUGGUCCAAGCAAUCUUCAGCGGUGAUCCAGAGGAGAUACGGAUGCUCAUCCACAAAACAGAAGAUGUGAAUGCUCUGGAUUCUGAGAAGCGAACCCCACUUCAUGUGGCUGCGUUUCUGGGAGAUGCAGAGAUAAUUGAACUCCUGAUUCUGUCAGGAGCUCGUGUGAAUGCCAAGGACAACAUGUGGCUGACCCCGUUGCAUCGGGCUGUUGCCUCCAGAAGUGAAGAAGCAGUACAAGUAUUGAUUAAGCACUCAGCUGAUGUCAAUGCAAGGGACAAGAACUGGCAGACCCCGCUCCACGUGGCAGCAGCCAACAAGGCUGUUAAGUGUGCAGAAGUCAUCAUCCCCCUGCUGAGCAGCGUCAAUGUCUCUGACCGAGGGGGACGCACAGCCUUGCACCAUGCUGCUCUGAAUGGCCAUGUGGAGAUGGUCAAUUUACUGUUGGCUAAAGGGGCAAACAUCAAUGCGUUUGACAAGAAGGAUCGACGUGCUCUGCACUGGGCAGCUUAUAUGGGCCACCUGGACGUCGUGGCGUUGCUUGUUAACCAUGGUGCAGAAGUGACGUGUAAGGACAAGAAGGGCUAUACGCCCCUGCACGCCGCAGCCUCCAACGGACAGAUCAAUGUUGUCAAGCAUCUUCUGAAUCUGGGGGUGGAGAUCGAUGAAAUCAACGUGUAUGGAAACACAGCCCUCCACCUGGCCUGCUACAACGGGCAAGAUGCUGUAGUCAACGAGCUGACUGACUACGGUGCUAAUGUGAACCAGCCCAACAACAGCGGGUUCACCCCGCUGCAUUUUGCUGCUGCCUCCACACACGGUGCUCUGUGUCUUGAACUAUUAGUAAACAACGGGGCGGAUGUUAACAUCCAGAGUAAAGAUGGUAAAAGUCCGCUGCACAUGACAGCUGUCCAUGGAAGGUUCACACGGUCGCAAACCCUCAUUCAGAAUGGAGGUGAAAUUGACUGUGUGGAUAAGGAUGGUAACACUCCUCUUCAUGUGGCUGCAAGAUACGGUCAUGAGCUUUUGAUUAACACCUUAAUAACCAGUGGAGCUGACACAGCCAAGUGUGGAAUCCAUAGCAUGUUCCCCUUACAUUUAGCUGCCCUCAAUGCUCACUCUGACUGCUGCAGAAAGUUACUGUCAUCGGGACAAAAGUAUAGCAUAGUAUCCUUGUUUAGUAAUGAGCACGUGCUGUCUGCAGGCUUUGAAAUAGACACCCCAGAUAAAUUUGGAAGAACGUGCCUUCAUGCUGCUGCUGCAGGAGGUAAUGUGGAAUGUAUAAAACUCUUGCAAAGCAGUGGAGCAGAUUUCCAUAAAAAGGACAAGUGUGGGAGGACUCCUCUGCACUAUGCAGCUGCAAAUUGUCAUUUCCACUGUAUUGAGACGUUAGUGACCACAGGGGCCAGUGUGAAUGAAACUGAUGACUGGGGCCGCACCGCUUUGCACUAUGCUGCUGCAUCGGACAUGGAUAGAAAUAAGACUAUCCUAGGAAACGCCCAUGAAAAUUCGGAAGAACUUGAAAGAGCCAGAGAGCUGAAGGAAAAGGAAGCUGCAUUAUGUCUAGAAUUUCUGCUUCAACAUGAUGCAAAUCCAUCUAUCCGGGACAAAGAAGGCUACAGUAGCAUACAUUAUGCUGCUGCCUAUGGCCACAGACAGUGUCUGGAAUUGCUUUUGGAAAGAACCAACAGUGUUUUUGAAGAGUCAGAUUCCGGUGCUACCAAGAGUCCGCUCCAUUUAGCUGCCUACAAUGGGCACCACCAGGCCUUGGAAGUCCUUCUGCAGUCUCUGGUAGACCUGGACAUCAGGGAUGAGAAAGGCCGCACUGCUCUGGAUCUGGCUGCCUUUAAGGGACAUACGGAAUGCGUGGAAGCACUUAUCAAUCAGGGUGCAUCCAUCUUUGUGAAAGACAAUGUAACCAAAAGAACCCCACUUCAUGCCUCAGUAAUUAAUGGUCACACGCUGUGUAUGCGGCUAUUAUUAGAAAUUGCAGACAACCCAGAAGUGGUUGACGUGAAAGAUGCCAAAGGACAAACCCCACUAAUGCUUGCAGUAGCAUAUGGACACAGUGAUGCUGUUUCAUUGUUACUUGAAAAGGAAGCAAAUGUAGAUGCUGUCGACAUCAUGGGCUGCACAGCUUUACACAGAGGGAUUAUGACGGGACAUGAGGAAUGUGUGCAAAUGCUGCUGGAACAAGAAGUGUCGAUUCUCUGUAAAGAUUCCAGAGGGAGGACACCCUUGCACUAUGCAGCUGCUCGUGGCCAUGCCACGUGGCUGAGUGAGCUGCUCCAGAUGGCGCUUUCCGAGGAGGACUGUUCUUUCAAAGACAACCAAGGCUACACGCCACUGCACUGGGCUUGUUACAAUGGUAAUGAAAACUGUAUAGAGGUACUUUUGGAGCAGAAAUGUUUUCGAACAUUUAUCGGUAAUCCUUUCACUCCACUGCACUGUGCAAUAAUAAAUGAUCAUGAGAAUUGUGCAUCACUGUUACUCGGGGCCAUAGAUUCCAGUAUUGUCAAUUGUAGAGAUGACAAAGGCAGGACACCACUUCAUGCAGCAGCAUUUGCUGAUCACGUGGAGUGCUUGCAGCUUCUUCUCAGACACAAUGCUCAAGUGAACGCAGCAGACAAUUCAGGGAAAACACCACUGAUGAUGGCUGCUGAGAAUGGGCAGGCUGGUGCCGUGGAUAUUUUGGUGAACAGUGCCCAGGCUGACCUGACUGUGAAGGAUAAGGACUUGAACACAUCCUUACAUUUGGCUAGUAGUAAAGGUCAUGAAAAAUGUGCCUUGUUAAUACUUGACAAGAUACAAGAUGAGAGCCUUAUUAAUGCAAAAAACAAUGCACUGCAGACACCCCUCCAUGUGGCCGCACGCAAUGGCUUGAAAGUGGUUGUGGAGGAGCUGCUGGCCAAAGGGGCUUGUGUACUUGCUGUAGAUGAAAAUGGUCAUACCCCGGCCCUGGCUUGUGCUCCUAACAAAGACGUGGCUGACUGCCUGGCCCUCAUUCUGGCUACCAUGAUGACUUUUUCUCCUUCCAGUACAAUGACGGCUGUCAACUUUGUUUGUUUUAAAAAAGACAGUUUGAGCAGAACGACCCUCUCCAACCUGGGUAGCAUGGUUAGCCUGUGCAGUAACAAUGUAGGCUCUGAGGAUGGGUACAAUGAAAAUGAUUCUGAUUCAGAAACUUUCUGA